GUCGUCAUCAAGCAGACUAGAAUAGAGUAGAGAACUCUAGGCAGAGAGGAAAUGAGCUAGAGAGAAGGGGGAACAGGCUCAGGAGAGAGGAGAGAGGGCAGAGGCAAUGGCAGUGUGGCACUGAAGCCUGCGAUGGUCAGGAUGGAGGAGGCGGCGGUGAAGCAGGGCUUCCUGCUUCUGCAGCAGCAGCUGACCUUUGGCAAGAAGUGGCGCCGGUUCACAGCCGUGCUAUAUGGAGAGUCUGGCUGUGCCCUAGCCAGACUGGAGCUCCAAGAUGGCCCAGAGAAGACUCGGCGAGGAGAGGCCACUCGGAAGGUUGUCCGCCUCAGUGACUGCUUACGGGUGGCCGAGGCAGGCAGUGAGGCCAGCAGUCCCAGGGACACCAGUGCCUUUGUCCUGGAGACCAAGGAGCGCCUGUACCUGCUAGCAGCCCCCUCGGCAGAACGCAGUGACUGGAUCCAAGCCAUUUGCCUGUUGGCUUUCCCGGGGCAGAGGAAGGAGCCCCCAGGACUGGAGGAAAAGAAUGACAGGCCCUGCAUGGAGGAGAAUGAAUUGUAUAGCAGCUCUACUACAGGGGUCUCCUGUAAGCAAUAUGCCGUGACCAUGAGGCCCACAGAAGCCAGUGAGCGGUGCCGGCUCCGAGGGUCCUAUACUCUCCGGGCUGGGGUGAGCUCCCUGGAGCUGUGGGGUGGCCCUGAGCCAGGCACACAGCUGUAUGACUGGCCCUACAGGUUUCUUCGGCGCUUUGGUCGUGAUAAGAUGACGUUUUCCUUUGAGGCUGGCAGACGCUGUGUCUCAGGAGAAGGCAACUUUGAGUUUGAAACAAGACAAGGCAAUGAGAUCUUCCAAGCCCUAGAAGAGGCCAUUGCUGCCCAGAAGAAUGUUGCUCCUUCUGGGCCUCCACCCCUGCCAGCCACAGGGUCUAUGAUGCCCACAUUGCUGCCUCGGCCUGAAAGCCCCUAUUCCCGGCCCCACGACUCUCUGCCUUCUCCUUCCCCUGGCACACCGGUGCCCGGCAUAAGGCCAGGGGGCCCUGAGGGAGAAUAUGCUGUACCCUUUGAUACAGUGGCUCUUUCCCUGGGGAAGGGCUUCAGGGGCAUCCUGAAAGGUCCUCGACGCCUCCUUCCUGAUCCACUAUAUGACAGCAUCCAAGAGGAUCCUGUGGUCCCGCCACCUGACCACAUAUACGAUGAGCCUGAGGGCAUGGCUGCCCUCUCCCUAUAUGACAGACCACGGGAGCCUCGGGGGGAGACGUGGAGGGAGCAGGCCACUGCUGAUGGGGGGCCCAGCCCCCUCCAGCAAGACUCCUCUGUGCCUGGCUGGCCACAGGUCACGGAAUAUGACAAUGUUGUACUUAAGAAAGUCCCAAAGUAAGGUGGUGGCCAGGAGAUGGGAGAGUGGUCCCCAGGGAGGUUUUUGGAAGCUAUGGAGGGGGUUUCUGCUAGAGCUCUUUCGGUCACUGUGUAUCCUGAGCCCUAGGGUUAGGCUGCUGUGUUUGCUUACUGUGUGAGUCACCAGCCCAGAGCAGGAAGAGGGCCCUGGAGGGACCCACCCUCCUCCUACGACUUUCCCACUUCCUCUCGCUGCCUUGGGUCUAAAGGGAACUUGGGCCAUGUCUGCUAGGAGACAAAAGGAGUUCCACGGAUGCUCUGGUUCCUUGGCUCGUGCAGGCCUCCUGCCUACAAAUGUUCCCUUUCUGGGAGAACCCUGGCUUCUGGUUAGCAAGGAGGGUGACUGUCAUCCCUCCAUCUCCCAGCGUUUUCUAGUCAUUAAACUAAAUUGAACUA